AUGGGGUUCCCGCCGGACACGAGUAAGACGGUAAAGCUGGAGCGGUAUAACAGCUAUCUCCGACGGGUCAACAGCACUAAGCUGCUAGCGGCGUCGUCGAAGCUCAUCUUCCGCAGCACCCUCCUCGCCGCCCUCAUCCUCGUCCUCUUCCUCACCGUCAACUAUCCCCCGCUGUCCUCCUCCCACUCCUCUUCCGGCGUCCCCUACGCCUCCCAUCGGAGCCUCCUGUCCUCGUCCCUCUACUCCGGGGGCGGCGCCGCCGUGGGGGGCGCCUCGUGGGAGCGCCAGGUGCGGCAGUCCUCGACGGCGCACCGGCCGGGGGGGAUGUCGGUGCUGGUCACCGGCGCCGCGGGCUUCGUGGGCACCCACUGCUCGCUGGCCCUGAAGAAGCGCGGCGACGGCGUGCUGGGGCUCGAUAACUUCAACGCCUACUACGACCCCUCGCUGAAGCGGGGCCGCCAGGUGCUGCUCUCCAAGAGCGGUGUCUUCGUGGUGGAGGGCGACAUCAACGAUGCUGCCCUCCUCGCCAAGCUCUUCGACGUCGUCCCCUUCACGCACGUCCUGCACCUCGCCGCGCAGGCCGGCGUGCGCUACGCCAUGCGCAACCCGCAGUCCUACAUCCAGUCCAACAUCGCCGGCUUCGUGACGCUGCUGGAGGCCGCCGCCAAGCGUGCCGACCCGCAGCCUGCCAUCGUCUGGGCUUCUUCCUCCUCCGUCUACGGGCUCAACGAGGCCAACCCCUUCUCCGAGUCCCACCGCACCGACCGCCCCGCCUCUCUCUACGCCGCCACGAAGAAGGCCGGCGAGGAGAUCGCUCACGUCUACAACCAUAUCUACGGGCUCUCCCUCACCGGGCUCCGCUUCUUCACCGUGUACGGGCCCUGGGGGAGGCCCGACAUGGCCUACUUCUUCUUCACCAAGGACAUCCUGCAGGGGAAGCAAAUCACCGUCUUCAAGCCCGCCGACGGCGAGCGGGAGGUGGCGCGGGACUUCACCUUCAUCGACGACGUCGUAAAGGGCUGCCUGGGGGCCCUCGACACCGCCGAGAAGAGCACCGGCAUGCCCGGCGGUGGGAAGAAGCGCGGGCCGGCGCAGCUCCGGGUGUACAACCUCGGCAACACCUCGCCGGUGCCGGUAUCUCGCCUGGUGGCCAUCCUGGAGAGCUUGCUCGGGGUGAAGGCCAAGAAGAACAUCGUGCGGAUGCCCGCUAAUGGGGACGUCCCCUACACCCACGCCAACGUAAGCCUCGCCCACGGGGACUUCGGCUACCAACCCACCACCGACCUCGCCACCGGCCUCCGCAAGUUCGUCAAGUGGUACGUCGACUACCACGGCAUCAAGAUCCCCGUCUCCUCAGCCACCACCGCCUCCUCUUCUUCUUCUUCCUCCUCCUCCACCUCCGAGACCCAAAGGGUGGCUGGGGACGCCGCCGACGACACGGAGGACUCCUCCCUAUCGGCGGCGACAUGA